AUUUCUGGUUUAGUUUGUCGUCCUCAGUCAUGCAAAGAUGUGGAGCUUCCAGGUCGUGUUGUUCAUCUUGUCUGCUGCUGUGUGCUGUGUGAGCCGUGCUGCAGGUUUGAUCCAUGUGUUUGGAUACAAAGGAAGAAAUGUGAAUGUUUCUUGUCGAUAUGAUGAAGGUUAUGAAAGUAAUGAGAAAUAUAUGUGUAACGACCCAUGUGGAAAUAAGGAUGUUUUCACAAGAUCACAAAAUAAUCAGAACAAAUAUUCCACCUAUGAUAACAAAACAUCAAGAAUCUUCACUGUGACCAUCUCUGAUCUUCGUUUGGAUGAUGCUGGAAAAUACAAAUGUGGAGUGAACAGAAAAGGACGAAAAGAUCUCUUAACUGAAGUAAAGCUGGAAGUAAAAGAAGACAGAUGCUGCGACACGGUGAACAACAUCCAAGGUAACGAAGACGGUUCAGUGACCAUCAGCUGUCCGUACGACUAUCAUUCUAUCGACAAGCUGAAAUUCUUCUGCAGAGGAAACCGGCCCUCCACAUGUCUACAGCAGGCAGUGAUCACCUCUAGCAACACACAAGAUGGACGAUUCAGACUCUCUGAUGACAGGAAGUCAAGAAUAUUCACAGUGACCAUUUCCAGUCUGACCCUGAAGGAUUCUGGGUCGUAUCUUUGUGGAGUCCAGAGAAACUCAGGAUUUGAUGCUUUCACUGCUGUUGAGCUGGAGGUCAAAGAACUGGAGUCGUACAACAUCAGUGGCAUCGAGGGACGUCCAGUAACUCUGCAGUGUCCUAAUUCAGGACAACAACAUGAUAACAGGAAGUUCCUCUGUAAAGGAGACCAACACAACAACUGCACAGACAUGAUGGAGAACCAAACAAAGUUCAAGCUGCUCAAUGUCUCCUCCAGCUGUUUCUCUGUGAUCAUCACUGAACUGGAAGCAGCUGAUGCAGGAACAUACUACUGUGGUUCAGACUCUCAGCUGAGAUUCAUAAAGAUACAGCUGGCAGUCGUUCUGUGGCUCCAACCAGCUCUCCUGAACACGUUACAUCACAGCCACCAUCACAUAAGCCUGGUAAACUUUUACAUUUUCUGUUUCUGUGCCUCUCCUGAUUUUCCGUUACUUGGUUUUCCACAAACAGCAGAUAUUCAAAUACUCAAAUAUAUUAAUGGAGAAUUAGAAUUAAUGGAGAAGCUUUUUGUCGUCCUCAGUCAUGCAAAGAUGUGGAGCUUCCAGGUCGUGUUGUUCAUCUUGUCUGCUGCUGUGUGCUGUGUGAGCCGUGCUGCAGGUUUGAUCCAUGUGUUUGGAUACAAAGGAAGAAAUGUGAAUGUUUCUUGUCGAUAUGAUGAAGGUUAUGAAAGUAAUGAGAAAUAUAUGUGUAACGACCCAUGUGGAAAUAAGGAUGUUCUCACAAGAUCACAAAAUAAUCAGAACAAAUAUUCCACCUAUGAUAACAAAACAUCAAGAAUCUUCACUGUGACCAUCUCUGAUCUUCGUUUGGAUGAUGCUGGAAAAUACAAAUGUGGAGUGAACAGAAAAGGACGAAAAGAUCUCUUAACUGAAGUAAAGCUGGAAGUAAAAGAAGACAGAUGCUGCGACACGGUGAAUCAAACCCAAAGUACUGAGGAAGGUUCAGUGACCAUCAGCUGUCCGUACGACUCUCAGUCUGUCAACAAGCUGAAGUUCUUCUGCAGAGGAAACCGGCCCUCCACAUGUCUACAGCAGGCAGUGAUCACCUCUAGCAACACACAAGAUGGACGAUUCAGACUCUCUGAUGACAGGAAGUCAGGAAUAUUCACAGUGACCAUUUCCAGUCUGACCCUGAAGGAUUCUGGGUCGUAUCUUUGUGGAAUCCAGACAAACUCAGGAUUUGAUGUUGUCACUGCUGUUGAGCUGGAGGUCAAAG